AUGUUUCGACCAAUACAUAAACCGACCCCAGGAUGCCACCUUUGGCGCCUAUAAAAGCCUGUCAUCCUUAAACCCCUCCAAAAGGCAGUGUUUUACAGUCCUGAAAAGAUGUUCUCCCCUUUACAGGUGGUUUUGGCGACUCUGUCCAUGUCUUUGCUGCUUUGCAGCGUCAGUUCGGCACCAAGAGGAGACAUGCUGCUCCAGCUGCUACGAUCAGAAAUGGAUCCCAAAGAGAAUGAGCUUCAGGAUUUCUCGCGUUUGCUUCUUCUGAAGCAGCUUUCUGAGUCAGUGGCACCUGAGGAGAAAGAUGCUCUUGAAAGCAUUGAUGAUCUUGAGGCUCGUAAUGAAGUGGUUCGCCAGAUUCCUCUCUCCCAACGAGAACGCAAAGCAGGCUGCCGGAAUUUCUACUGGAAGACCUUCACUUCUUGUUAAUCAACCUGCUUGGUUUAAAAUUUCAACACCAUUUCAAACAUUGUUAUACUUGUGUAGGCAUCAAUAU